UUUGACCCUAAGCAGCCGCUGUGACCAGUAACAUUUCAAUUUAAAAUGGCGGCUCGCGUGUUAUCGACGAUAGGUGCAGUACUUGUACUUCAGUGUUGUGUAAUGUCCUUAGCAAUUCCAGUAGAACCAGAGCUCGCUGCUGUAAGAGAAUCAAAAGAAAACUCAAGCAUAGCCUCUUCUACUACACCGUCCGUUAAACCAGAAGGGGGUUCACCUAUCCCUCCACCCGUUAAACCAGAAGGGGGUUCACCUAUCCCUUCACCCAUUGAAAUAGAAGCGACUCCAGCUACCCGGCCACACGUUAAAUCAGAAGGGGGUUCAUCUCCCCCCCCACCCGUUAAACUAGAAGGGGGUUCACCUAUCCCUCCACCCGUUAAAUCAGAAGGGGCUUCAUCAACUGCACCGGCCGUUAAACCAGAAGAGGCUUCAUCAACUGCACCGGCCGUUAAACCAGAAGGGGGUUCAUCAACUCCACCGGCCGUUAAACCAGAAGGGGCUUCAUCAACUGCACCGGCCGUUAAACCAGAAGGGGGUUCAUCAACUCCACCAGCCGUUAAACCAGAAGGGAGUUCCUCUUCCCCGCCACCAGUAAACCCCGAGGGAGGUUCAUCUGAGCUGCCACACGUAGUACCAUCAUCAACAGUACCUCCAAUGUCUCCUACUACGAUGCCACGAGCGUCAUCAAAGCUGUCUCCAGGCGCAACUGCAGGAAUAGUGAUUGGAAGUGUGGCAGGAGCUGGAAUUCUUAUUUUUGUGGGGAAGAUGGCCUACAAGAAAUACUGUUAAUAUAUGUUACUAGUUUA